UGUUGUGAUAAACUUAUUAAAUAGAUUUAAUGAAAUAAGAUAUAAAUACCUCAGUUUAGAAAUGGACAAACCAUAUCGUGGUGUAUCAGCUGGAGGAAAUUGCUUUGAUGCUCCUAAAGUCAGUUAUAGUCCACAAACUGCCAAUCUUUUAAAAACCAUGAUGAACGAAUCCAAAUUGACCAACUUUCAGCAACGGAAACUUGAAGAGUCUCUCAGAGCUGGCAGCUCUUUGCCUAAAUCGUGCAAUCCAACAUCAAGUGAAGAUUCCGGCGCGGCAGCUGCCAGAAAAACUAGCGGAUCAGAUAGGAACAGACGAAAACAACACACUCUGUCUGGAAUUCGAACUCGUGAUCAAAUAAUAGCUGGUGGAGCAUACGAACGGGAGAAGUUUGUAUCGGCCGGCAGUCAGACAAGAGACAGAGAAAAAGAGAAGGAUCGUCUGGCAAGGCGCCUGGCUGGACUGGAUCCCGAUGAAGUGUUGCGCGAGGAGAAAAGGCCGACUACCCUGGCAGAGUUCGAGGCACAGCAGAUGCGUAGGGCCAGGGAGAAAGAACAGGAGAGACAGGCUGAACAGAAGUCCAGGCCGAAGGACCGAUUCGCUGAGUUGUGGGACGAGAUCAACGACAGACGCAAGUUCCUCUACCACAUGGAGAAGCUGGGAGAGGGCAAAGACUACAGGACCCUUAUUGUGACGGAGAUAUCGCAGAAGAUCAGAGAGAUGGAGGUGAUAGACAAGAAGAGGUCCAAUGAACUGGAGCAGGAGUUGAGGAAAGAGUCACUCACAGUAGACACCAUGAACACCAAACGAUGAGGCGAUAUCUUCUCUGAUUACUGGCCUAUGUAUCUGGGAUAAACCAAAGAGGACUCUAGGCAUCAUUAGAGACAUAAAAGAAGCAAAAUAGUUUAGGGCAGCCAUUAUUGAGUAAUCCCAGAACCUGCAGUAGAAACUUGCCAAAAAAUCAGUACCACCUCAAUAAGAAUUUUGAACUUGUCUUAGAAAAAAUAAUUCUCUGGUGUUUAUUUUGGUUGAGAAACAGUAAUCUUCAUUGUAUAAACGAAUGUGUAUUGUAAAUAUUGUUCAUUUGUUUUAAAGUAAAAAUUGUGAAUAUUUAAGUUACUGAUAAAAACUUAGUAAUUAUUUUUAUUUAACAAUUCAUUUCUCUAAGUGCAAAAGAACGAAGUGAUUU